UUUUUUUUUUGUGAGAGAAGUAACCAGGUAAAUUAAACUGUUAGGGCUACGAAGUAGAUAUUUUUUUAAAAGGUUUAUCCAGCAGUUUUAUAAAUUUCAUGUUCUUUAUAACAGUUUUGUAAAUUGCUUAAGUAGCGGCUAAGGUAUUAGUAUAGGUAAAUUGAAGUAGUAGUAAUUUUGUAUAUACCCUGCUUUGUAUAUACUGUGUAUAAUGAGUUCAGCAGGCCCACCAAAGGGAAGGGCUACUAAAGACAGAGGCAACAAACCCCAAACCCCACAAUCUCAAAAUGGAAAACCUGCUACAGAAGGAUCUAAAGCACCAGAUGGGCUUAAUCCUAAAAUUCAGCCUACAGCUGAACAGAUUAGGAUUGCUCAGAUCAUAAAUGAUGCUAACAAAAAUGAGGAUCCAGAUUUACUUCUGAAAGUGGAACAGGUGAUGGAGAUAACAAAGAAAUCAAAAGACGAUGCUGUUAUAGCCCUACAUGACUGUGACAAUGAUCCAGACAAAGCAGUUGCAUUACUUUUGGAAGGAGACCAAAGUGAGAGUAAAUGGGAAACAACUGGCAAAAAGAAAAAGCACCGCCAAGUUGCAGCCCAGAAACCAGCAGAAACUUCUGUAACAAAUAACACUAGCCCAACAAACAACAAAGAAAACAGAAACAAGGGUGAAAGAAGUAGAGACCGGGAACCUAGAGAGCGGGAUGGAUUUCGAAAUAGGGGCCCUCCUCGCCUAAAUAGAAUGGGUGGGGGGAGAAACUGGCGCAAUAGAGAAAAUGAGAAGAAUGAACGUAAUCUUGAAGAAAGAACAUCAGAACCUAACCGCAGACCACGAGGUGGAAGGCGAGGAAGAAGCAGAGGUGGAAACAGGAGUCGAACAUUUCAGAAUCAGAAGAUGGGUGGAGGAUUUGGUGAUACUUUUCCUCAGUCCAUUGAUACAUGGACAAACAGCACAGCCGAGCAAGCAGAAAUGGGAGGUGGAGGAGAUGCUACUAUGUCUGUUGGUAACUGGUCAGAUAUUGCUGCUGUAGAAGAUUGGAGUGAAGAAGAUUGGACAGAAAGUUUGACAGAAACUAAAGUCUUCACUCCGAGUUCUAGUAGUCAUCUCUUGCCAGGAGUACCUGUAGAUGAUGCAACGUCUCACCUGACACAUAGCUUGGGUCUGGCUGGUCUUCAGAAAAAUAACACUAGUGGAGUUAGUCUGGGAAGUCAGACAGUGCUUCCAUCUAGUGUACACUCCCAGCAUGUUCCAGGAGUUCACUCCUCUAUGAUGGGUUCUCAGUUAAGUCAAUCCACCACUCAAAGUGCACCAAACCAGUUCAGCCUUAGCCAAUAUGCUCAGCAAGCAACGGAAUCUAUCAAGGCAGCACAGGGGGUGGGAAGUUUAAAUAGCAACAGCUUCUCCUCCAUGACCUCAGGAAAUAGUGCAAGUUACCCAUCAGGUUAUGAAAACCCUCCAUCAGCACCAACAGGACCACUUCAAACAAGUAUGAAUCAGUCUGCUGCAUCACAGCCAUCAGGACAGUUUAAUGGCACGCUUAAUCCAAAACCUCUCUCUCAUUCUCAGCCUCAGCCUAUUCCUUCUCGGAGCAAAGCGCAGAGAGUGAGGGGACCACAGUGUUCAAAGAUUCCUGAAUCUGCUGUUGAGAUGCCAGACAACUCUGUUAUGUCACUGGAUGUACAGUUUGGAGCUCUAGAAUUUGGUACGGACUCCUCUCCUUUUGAUUUUACAGCCACUUCAGAGACAUCUUCAAGUUUUAGUGAAAAUGUUAUAAGCUCCUCCUUGCCUAGUCAUUUGAACAGCCAGUCAGCUCUAAUCAUGCAGAAAGGCGGUAGUGUUCCAUCACAGUCAUCUAUGGGUUCAUCUACAGGCUUAAAUAAAGACUCGUUUACUUUGGCCAAUCAUUCGCCUCCUGGCGGACAAACUCAAGUCAACCAAGACUUAGCCCAAAAUGUUGGUCAAUCCCAAAAGAUUGCAGGACCUCACUCUCUACUGCUCAGUUCUCAGACUGAAAGAAAUCAAGUUAGGGGGUAUCCAAGUCAACGAUCUUCUCAACCUCAGCUUGAUGGAACAGUGAGUAAUAGUAAAGAAGAGGGAUCUGCUUUGACCAACUAUUCUUCUGCCACCCAUCAGUCAAAUCAUUCCUCAAGUUAUUCUGGGUCGUAUGUUGGACAAAAUGCUUCAGUUUUGGGGUCAUCAAGCAUUUCUACCACCACUGCCAACUAUACACACCAAGGCUCGUCCUUAGCAUCUCUGAACAGUCAACAGAUUCUGUCCAGCACUAACCACCAGUCUCAGGGGAGCUUUUCUGGUUCUCAGAGUCAAAAUAAUUCACACUAUUCUUCGGUUUCAACUACAUACAAUAUUCCUCAAGCUAUGUACUCGGGUACCUCUCAAACAUCAGCAGGUUCAUCGUUCUCCUCCCAAAGAGGUUAUAGUGGUCAGAAUUCAUCAUCUUAUCCUAGUGUGAACAGUUUCAGUUCUCAACAAGGCUUCAGUAAUUCUGCCACGGUUUCAACCCAGCCAGCAUCAACGUCUCUACAUUCAUCAUCCAUGUCGUCAUCAAAACUGGGCACUGCACUAUCCCAUGGAGUCAAAGAACCAGUUCUGGACUCUCAGCAACCCUCAGUGCAGCAUUCGUAUGAUACAGCCCAUACAACAAGUGGCAACAGUAAUCUUACAUCUACGAUGUCAACACCAUCUACCACAACAGCAACAGGUUUAGCAUCUGCUACAAUUGGAGUUCCAACUACGUUGGGGCUGGCCUCAACUUCUUCUGUUACUACCACAACAUCUAUCCUGAAGAACUCCUUGUCAGCUAAUUACCUUGCAGCAGGAAAAGCUAUGCCAAACAUUCCACCAGGUGUCCCACCGGCCAUGGUAGGUCACCAGUACUUCGUGGGUCAGGCGGGUCUACCCUUCUACGGCUUGCAGCAGCCUGUAUAUAGUUAUGAAGAUUUGCAGAUACUGCAGUCCAGAUUGCCGACAUUGGGUUAUUAUGAUAUGCCUUUCCAGCCUACAACUAGCUUAACGGGAAGGGACCCAGGACUUGGCAGUGUAGUAUACACAGGAGCUGAUGGAAAAUUUAGCAGAGGCGAUCCUGAUGGCUCAGCAGUGGCUACAACUUUAUCUCAGGGCCAGGCAACAACACAGACCCACGGGCACCCAUUCUUAAACCCAGCUGCACUGCCCCCUGGUUAUGGUUAUUAUUUUCCAGGAAUGAUGCCAGGCAGCAUGCAUCAGUACGGAGCUCCGUUUAUCCCGGUUCCGCCUGCUACUAAUGCUCAUGGUGUAUCCACUAACACUCAAUUUCAGAAAGCUGCAGCUUAUGGUUCUCUAUCAUACACUUCAGCCUAUGACAGUUUGAACCAGACACAAGACUACUCAAAGAGUGCCUACGGUGCUGGUUCUCAGGGUCAAGGGAAAGGUGUAACAGGAUCAUUAGCUGGUACAGGGCCUGCAGCAGACAUUGGUGCCUCCAUGUACAACAAGACUCAUUCCCAGCUAGCGAAGACUUUUGACAAGCCAGGAUUUCACACAGGUACUCCUCCACCCUUCAAUUUGGCAGGAACACAGAACCCUGGACUCAUAGGAGCAUCUUCAACCCCAUAUGCUCCAUUUAUUCCAGUUUUGACGCAUGGACAGCACCAUUCAACUUUGCUUCACCAUCAUAUACAACAGGACUCUCCUCAGGCUGGAGGAGCCCCUUCUGGGGGUCCACAACGAGGAGGUCCUCAGGGGCUGGGUCAACAGAAAGGACCAGGAGGAACUAAACAAAAUUAUUCCUACUGGAAUCCAAACUAAAUUAUGAGCUCACGUUCAGCUUGACAUAAUGGUUGACUGUAACAUGAGCUUUAUUUCUGAUAAAAGAAAUACUGAUUAUUGGCCUGGUCGUUAUUUCCCCAAUAGAAAUAUUGGGAACAUAAAAAAAAACUUUGAAGUUCUCCCCUUAUUUUUAGAGUAACCUAUUUGCUGUAAGAAACGUUUGUUGCCCCUGUCUUUUUUUUUGUGUAUCACUUAUUGCUGAACUCCAGAUUUUGUAGUGUAGAGUAGCUUUUCCUUAAUAUUGUUGUUCAUGUCAUAUUCUAGUGUGUGUGGUAGGUUAUGUUUCAUAUCGGUGUUCGUUAGCACAAAAGUUUCUUGAGAGAAACUGAAGUUUCUAAGGUUUGUAAAUGUUCACUUAAUCUAGCAUUGUGUGAUAAUUUCUUAUUGUACUUUUAUCAAGUUAUUGUUGUUUUGUGAAAAAAAAAGGCAUGAUUUAUUAAACUUGUUGCCUGAAUUAGCUAAUUUUUCACAGACAGAAUACGUGUAUUCUCUUUCUUUAUUACAUUGUUUGGGAAAAUAUGGUCUCUUCCAAGAACUUACAAAAAAAACACACACAUAAUAUUUCUUUGCUUAAAGAAUAAACAUGCAUUUGUAUUUAGUUUAUUAGUUUUUAAAUUAAAGUGUUUGCCUCACAGAGGUUGAAUACAAGAGUCCUUUGGAAUGUUAAAAAUAAAAGGAAUUAUUGAAUCGUCUGAAAGAGUGACUAUUUAGGUAAACGUAAUGCAGUGUAUAAUCCACAAGUAUCACAUUAUGUAUAUUUAGCUUGAAUUUAAGGUUCUUUGCUAGUUACAAAAACUGUUUGCUCAUGAGACUUUCACGUGUAAGUGAUACUUCAUGGGGGUAUUUCAAGCUUAUUUUUGAAUAAAAGAAUUUUAGUACGAAUUAAAACAUCGUUAUCCUAGGCACCUUCUAUUCAUACAUUGUGGUGUACUGUGAUUUCAGAGUCGACCUUGUGUUCUUGUAGGUAUGUGUGUGUAUAAAUACAUAUCUAAAUAUAUAUAUAUACACACACACGUAUAUAUUAAACUUGUUUGGUGAAAAAAAUUCUUGUCCCCAAAGUGUCAAAGUGGGAUUUAUUGUUUAUUUUUGCUUUUGUUCAUUCUUCACUUUUGAGGUGACUUUAAAAGAAGAAUAAAAAAAUUAAGCUGGUAAUAUGCUUGUGUAUUUUUUUUGUUUAAGUUGAACCUGUAUAAUAGCCAUUAAACAACAACUUCAUAGGAA